AUGCCCGAGAAGGUGCACACCUAUUUCUCCGAGUCUGAAGGGGAGAAGAUUCAGAAGGAGACAUUGGAGAAAGAGGAGAAAGCAGUUGCAAGUACGGUCUUAAAGGAGGAGAAAAAGAAGAAUAAGAAAAAGAAGCAGCAGGGGAAGACUGAGGAUAGUGAGCUGAAAGAUGGGUUCCUGCAGGUGAAAACAGACUCGGGGGAUUCGCACAAGAACAAGAAGCGCAAACGAGAAGAAAUCGUGGAUAGAGACACUACAGACGGUGCAAGCGCUCAUGUCGGUUCCAAACACGUCAACGGAAAGGUCGGGAAGAGCAAUGGAGACAUCCAGAAAGAGGGAGACGUGAAGACGAAGAAAUCUCAACAAGGCGAUACCCGGAGACACAAAAACUUCAAACAGCAGCCGUCGAUAGCUUCUCAGACCAAUUUCAAUUCACUGCGAGAAAGGGCAAAGUUCCUUUAUGAGACCCGCAAGAAGCUGCCUAUUUUCGCCAGCGCAGAGGAAAUUCGGUCCAACAUGCGGAAGAACGAUGUGAUGCUUCUGAUCGGUGAAACGGGUAGCGGAAAAAGUACACAGAUUCCACAGUUCCUCGUCGACGAGGCCUGGUGUAAACCGGUGGACAGGGUUAUCACUCAAGAAGAUGGUACCACCAAGACUGUCUCCGUUGGUGGUUGCAUUGCCAUCACCCAGCCGAGGCGAGUGGCUGCCAUCUCGCUAGCGAGACGAGUGGCCGAGGAGAUGGGGACCCCGUUAGGGUCAUCCUCGCCGGCGAGCAAGGUCGGGUACUCUGUGCGUUUUGAUACCUCGACCUCGCCAAGUACUCGCGUCAAGUUCUUGACCGAGGGAAUGCUGCUGCAGGAAAUGCUCCACGACCCAUGGUUGACCAAGUACAGCGCCAUCAUUGUGGAUGAAGUUCACGAGCGGGGAGUAAACGUUGAUCUGGUGAUGGGAUUCCUGAGGAAUCUGGUCUCCGGCAAACGUGAGGGCCGUGGUGGUGUGCCACUCAAGGCGGUGGUGAUGAGUGCGACAGCCGACAUGGAAAGUCUGCAGGGAUUUUUCUCUGAAGGCCUGAACACUCAAGAAAAAGAGCAAGCCCAGGAGAAGGCUGCAGGCGUUUCCGUCUGUCAUAUCAAGGGCCGGCAGUUCCCUGUCAAGACCAUAUACUCCCCGGAGCCGGUCCAUGAUUUUGUCGACGCGGCGCUGAAGGUGAUCUUCCAGAUCCACUACAAGGAGCCCAUGCCGGGGGACAUCUUGGUGUUCUUGACCGGGCAGGAAACUGUCGAGGCUCUGGAGUAUCUCGUCAACGAUUAUGCCACGGGUAUGGAUCCUGCUCUGCCAAAGGUCCUGGUGCUGCCUCUUUUCGCUGCACUCCCCCAGGCGGCCCAGCAGCGGGUCUUCUUGCCUGCUCCCCCGCGCACACGAAAAAUCAUUCUUGCGACCAACAUUGCCGAGACGUCCGUCACCGUGUCUGGCGUCCGAUACGUGGUCGACUGUGGCAAAGCGAAGAUCAAGCAGUUUCGGACUCGGCUCGGCCUAGACUCGCUCCUGGUGAAGCCCAUCUCCAAGUCGGCCGCUAUUCAGCGCAAAGGUCGUGCAGGUAGAGAGGCUCCUGGCCAGUGCUACCGGCUGUACACAGAGAAAGAUUACCUCGCUCUUGACGAGACAAACACGCCGGAAAUCCUACGGUGCGACUUAAGCCAAGCGUUGCUGAACAUGAAAGCCCGUGGCGUGGACGAUAUCCUGAACUUCCCAUUUUUGACCCGUCCACCACGUGAGGCACUUGAAAAGGCAUUGCUGCAGCUGCUGAACAUUCAGGCUCUAGAAGAGACAGGCCAAAUCAGUUCCAUCGGGCUGCACAUGGCCAAAUUGCCACUGACGCCGACCCUCGGCCGUGUGCUUCUGGCUGCCGUGGAGAAUGGCCCGGAUUGUCUGAGGGACGUGAUUGACAUCAUUUCCUGCUUGAGCGUAGAGAAUAUCUUCUUGAACACCACCUCCGAGGAGAAGAAAGAGGAGGCCGAAGUCGCCCGGCGAGAUCUGUACCGCCGCGAGGGAGACCAUCUCACCAUGCUCGCCACCGUUCAGGCCUACGCUGCUGAGAAUACGGACCGCAAGGCAUGGGCUACACGGCACAUGGUCUCACAUCGGGCGAUGCAAUCCGUCAUGGACGUCCGGAAACAACUUACAACCCAAUGCCGACAAGCCAAACUCCUCCCGCACCCAGACGACAAGACUGCCUCCAGAUCAUCCGGGAGUACUGCCCCCUCUCCUAUCCUCAUCCUGCAGAGUUUCCUUGCCGGCUUCGCGACUAACACCGCCCGCAUCGUCCCGGACGGCAGCUAUCGGACCGUUGUCGGCAACCAGACCGUCGCGAUCCAUCCUUCCAGUGUGCUCUUCGGCAAGAAGGUGGAGGCUAUCAUGUACAACGAGUUUGUCUUUACGAAUCGCAGUUAUGCCCGGGGUGUUAGUGCCGUGCAGAUGGACUGGGUGGGACAAGCGCUGGCGCGGCAGGAAUGA